AUGCGAGGGACUCAGGAUUCCUCGGAUGUCUCAUCCAGCAUCCAGUCGUUGAGCAUUAGAGCCCCGGGGCCAGAAGCGACGGCAAGAGCCGAGAUGAAAGAAAGAUGGGAGGACGCACUAAAGCACUGCGAGGCGGAGCUUUCCAAAGAGGACUUUCAGUUGAUCGUCAAGUUCAAGUCGCCAGAGGAACUCAUCAAAGCUGUGGACAAUAUGAUUACCGAAACUCAGAAUGCCAGUGUACCGCGGAUCCUCCGACAAUUCAAGCCUCAUCUCAGCCAGAUUCAGAAUUUUGUUCUCGGUAUUCUCGCGUCUGUCACACUUCCAGUGGUUGAGACAGUCUGCAUCUGGGGACUCAUAUCCCUCGUGCUUCAGCUAGCCCAGAGGUCGCAGGAGGUCCUUGAGACUGUUACCGGUAUGUGGGUUGAGAUUGGAAACAGUCUUCAGAUAUUCGAUGUCUAUAAGGACCUCAUAGUGGAGGACAUGUCAUUAGGCCUCGCGCUGGUUGAAACACACGAGGAACUUCUGAAGUUCGCAGUGGCUACAAUAAAAACACUUCGACAUGUCAGGUCUGGUCGAUCUGAUAUCAGUCCGCUGGUUAGAGACUGCCAAAACAGCUUUGGCAAGACAUCGCACUUCAUCUCCCAUCGAAUACACAUCAUCAAGGAGAAGGCUCAGGCAAAAGCCAUUACCAAGGGUCAGGAGCAAACACACCAAUUUGAGAUCCUGAACUACCUGGCCAGUCAGUCCGGGGCGCAGUUGGGCACAAUGGAGGAAGCUGAACUUGCGAAGUUGCCUUCUUACUACAUUCCAUUUUCGAGGAACCCCAAGUUCUAUGGUAGAAAUGACAUCCUUGGCAAGAUGACAGCCGAGUUCUCCAAAGACCGAGCUAAGGGACAACCACUGUCCGUCGCCCUGUGGGCAACAGCGGGAGUCGGAAAGACCCAGAUUGCUCUUGAAUAUGCGGCGCGGCAACGGCAACGCGGGAUAAAAGCCAUCUUUUGGAUUGAUGCCGAGAAGGAGUCUGAGCGUAUCAAGGCAUUCAAUGAUAUUGCCCAUUUAUUGGAGCUUCCAGGUGCAUCUACACCCAGGGACUCAGAACAAAACCGCCUCAUUGUGCAACGCUGGCUGCAGGAAACGAAAACACCAUGGCUCUUCAUAAUCGAUAAUCUUGAAGAUCAAGAAAGCAUUCAGGCCCAUGAGAUCAUGGAGUCUAUUUGUCCCACCUACGGUUGUGGCGAAAUACUUGUAACGUGCCGCAGCGAGCUGGUAGCGGCUUCUGCUGCCGUCAGCAGCAUCGAAGUUCCUGCGUUCACGAAUGAGGAAGGGGCCGAACUUAUGCUGAAGCUGCUGGAUCGUGGAACCUAUUCCGACGCCGAUAGGUCCUCCUCUGUAGAGCUAGCAGAUCUCCUGGGUGGCCAUGCGUUGACCCUGGAUGUCAUGGCGAGGAAUAUUGUUGCCAGAAAGAAGCAGUUGCCUGAGUUUGUCCGUGUCUACAAGGAAAAACCGCGGUCACUACACAUGAAGCCGAGGAAAAAAAUUGUCAAUCGAUAUUACAAACGUGAAGAUGACCCUGAGUCUCUUUGGGCUAUCCCGUUCAGCCAGCUGCGCUCAGACGAGGCUGAAGUUUUAGGAAUUCUAUCCAUGUGCGGACCAAACAAAUUCCCGUCUUCAGUCCUUGUCCCAGAGACUAGUGCUCCCGAAGCAUUCAAUAUAGAUCAAGAUGAAAUGGAAGAACUUAUUCUUGCCUUGCGGGGACUGUCCCUCGUCAAUAUCGACAGCACUGGGGAAUUGAUAUCCGUCCACAGAAUGAUCCAAGGUGAAUAUCGGUAUCACCUCGGCGCUGAGAAAAGAGCCGAGAGAUGGCAUCAUGCCGGGAUGCUCCUCCGGGCCGCGUUUCCGCGGCAAACGAAUGGCUCGGCGUUGUUCAACCAAUGGCCCCUCUGCGAAAGCCUUAUUGAGCACGUCCUGGUUUUUGCAGCAAGAUACAGAGAGCUCGAUGAUGAAGCUAAGAUACCAUUCUGGGAAGAUUUCGUUUACCUCCUAGCCGACGCGGCCAAAUACCUUGUUGAAUGCGGCCGGUACAACGCUUGUCAGGAAGUCAUAAACCAUGGGUUCCACCAUUGCGCCGGCAGACAACCCAUCCCGUAUACCAAUCUCUGCGUGAACAUGGGCCACGUCCUCUGCGAGCGUGGCCGGGACAAGUCGGCACGCAGUUACAACGACAUCGUCCUUAGCGUGCGGGAGAAGGCAUUUGACCCGAUGCACCCCGAGGUUGCCAACAGCUUAAGCAAUGCGGCUCUCUCAAUGGUGGGCUGCGGCGUGGACCUGGAAAAGGCGCUGGAGAUGCUCGAGCGUAGUCUACGGAUCGAUCUCGCCCAGCCUCGAGAAAUUCACCGCAAGGUUCUCCAUCUGCGUCAUUUCAACCUCGGGUUUGCCUUGCGGGCGCUGGGGCGGUAUGAAGACUCGAAAAUUCACGUCGACGAGGCUUCUGCCUACGUGCGAGCUGAAUUCGGGGAGAAUUCACGUUACCUUACAAUAUCUUAUCGCAUGUAUGCAGACUUUGCACUACGGGAGAACAAACUUAAUGAAGCCUUUAUCAAUGCAACAAAGGCUCUCGACAUUGCGAAGUUGGAAGGCGCCACAACGGUAUGGGUAGCCGCGGCGCUGUUCUACCUCGGCGAUAUAAAAUGCAGUCAGGGGAAAGGGAGCGAAGCCAUGUAA